UCCCUGAAGCCUUGCUUUCUCCGCCAACCCCGCUCCCCUUGGUUCUGAACGGGGCGAGGAACCCUCAGGCCGUUGACCCACCUGUGCUGCUUUCUUUGCUAAUCCUCCCCGUGAGAGGCCGGACAUUGGGAGGAAGCAAGGCGGGCUGGACAGAGGACCCACACACAGAGAGGACGGCAGGAGCAGCUCCUACUGCAGGACUAUUGCAGUUUGGCGUGAACUCUUUGCAUUCUCAGUGCCACCUGACAGAAAAGUGCAUGCAGGAAAGGAACGUCAGCUGUGCAGAAUCUGAUCUGAGAAAACAUAGAAGGUUUGUUAAGGGACCAGUAUGUGCUCUCCCGCCAGUCCCAAAAUCCUGUACAGGAAUCCCCGGUUCCUCCGGUUAGCUUUUUUGCAGCUUCAUCACCAGCAACAGAGUGGUGUGUUCUGUGAUGUCCUUCUGCAGGCAGAAGGUGAGGCAGUCCCAGCCCACUGCUGCAUCCUGUCAGCCUGCAGCCCAUUCUUCACAGAGCGCCUGGAGCGAGAGAGGCCAGCCCAGGGCCGGAAGGUGGUGCUGGAGCUGGGGGGCCUGAAGAUCAGGACACUCAGGAAGCUGGUGGACUUCCUGUAUACCUCAGAGAUGGAAGUUUCUCGAGAAGAAGCCCAGGAUGUGCUUUCUGCUGCCCGUCAGCUCCGUGUAUCUGAGCUAGAAUCCCUUCAGUUAGAGGGUGGGAAGUUGGUCAAGGCUCCUCAGGGCCGAAGACUGAACCGGGAGUGCUUACAACCUCCAAGUGCCGCACCAAUCUCUGCCAGGGUGGUGGCAUCCAGCCGCCGCCCUCGAACUCCACUGCCUGUUACCCAAACUCCCAGUCCCCUUGGGGCUGUGAGAUUGAAGUCCUCAGGGAAGGAGGAGGGGCCCCUGGAGAAGAGCAACCGACAGAAUGCAGAGAACUUGUCUGGCACUCUUCUGCUCAAGAGGAAGGCCAGAGCCUGCCCAAAUCCACAAGAAAAAAGCUCUUCACCAUCAAGCCACAGUCAGGGACCUAAAGAGAACAAGAGUGACCCUGCCCUUGGUCCUACAGCGCUUUCCCCACCCAGCUUGUACCCCUCUGUGGAUGAGCGACUAUUGCCCAGAAAGAUCAGGCUGAGUCGCUCAAAACUGUCUCCUGAUGUCUGUACAUCUAAGCCUUCCAGCGUUUCAAGUGGACCCAGCUCAGUGCCCACAGCCCCUGGCCGGCGUCUUUGGCGGCAGAAGAGUAUAAAUAAAGAAGUGCCAGAGGACAAGCAGAAACCAGGGAGAGGUAGUCCUCUACAGAACACCCCAAACCCCUCUAGUCUCGGAAAGACAGGUGGGAGCAAGAAGCGGAGCCCUGAAGUCAGGGCACCUCAUUCAGACUCUGCAGAGGAGGGGCAGGUUGGGAGAGUGAAACUUCGAAAGAUUGUCAACGGGACAUGUUGGGAAGUCGUGCAAGAGCCUCCCCUCAAAAACUCUCAAGUUAGCCCUCAGACCUCAGAACCUGGAGACUUGGAAGAGUCCCCUCCAGAGACUCAGCCAUCCUCCAUUAAGGAGCAGGAAAUGUCAUCUGCUAGAAUAGGUCUGUGUCAGGACUCCCCCCUUUGCUCUAGGCUACAAGACAUUCUGCUCUCGGCUAGCCGCUCCCCGGACCACCAGGUGGUGAAGUCCAAGUUUGGGUCCAGUUCAGAGCUGGUAGGGAAGGAAACUGGGUUGGAUAUUGACUGCAGAGAACCCUAUGCAUUUGACACAGCCCUGCUUGGGCAACCCUGUGAAGCUGAGGAGUACCGAAUCACAAGUGCUGCUGCCACCAGUGAGCUGGAGGAGAUCCUUGACUUCAUGCUUUGUGGCUCAGAUAUUGAGCCACCCAUAGGGUCUCUGGAGAGUCCUGAAGCUGAGGGCUGCAGGACCCCUAGUUAUCACCUGACGGAAACAGGAAAAAACUGGAUUGAAAGGGAAGAAUGGUGUUUGCCAGACAUGGAACUCUGGCCCAGGGAGCUCACAGGACUGGAAAAGGAACCUGUUGGUGAGAGCAAAGAGCCAGUUGAGCCCUUUAGCCCCCUUGUCAUGCCCUCUGAGAACAAAGCACCAGUUGAACCCCUUAGCCCCCUAGUCAUGCCCUCUGAGAUGAGUGAAGAGGAGGUGCUUUCAGUGGGAGGCUCUUGGACUCCAGAGCUGGAAAUCACCAGCUCCCAGCCACCGGAUGGUCAGAAAGACAAGCUUGUCCACAUUGACUCCUGUGACCCUCCCCAAAGGUCCUAUGAGGACCUCUCGCCUCCAUGUUCAAACUGGGUGAAGACUCCACUGGAAGUGUCCCUAACUAUGGAUGAGGUAUUGUGCCCUUCUCCAGAGGCAGGCAAGGUGGUGUCUGGCAACUCUGAGUUGUUGAGCCCACUUCCUGCUAGCUCUGAAGAGGAAGAGAUUGAUGUGGUGGACUGGACAUCAGAGGGGAGGCUGGUGCCCACCAGUUUUCCCUCCGUAUGGCCCGACCCUUCCUCAGAGUCAGAAACAGAGGUAGACAUACUAACGUAGUGGAGUGGGGAGGGCAGGUCAGGGGCAAUGGGAGGGUAGGAACUGUUGACCAGCAAAAGGUGUAUCGACAGAGGCUAGCAUAUGCCCUGUCCUCUUAGCACAAGAGGCAGGUGUACCCAUGGCUCUCUGUAUGUCCCUUCCUCCCCUCCCCAGGCUUUCAGAGCUGGGCAGUAGUACCACAGGUAGAAAACCAUCUUAUUUCUCUGUAAUCUGUUUUCCAAUUAGUGACAAACAAGUGGUCCCUAACUCUAGUGGGUCAUAGGUAACAGCCGAGGCCAGGUUUCCCAGAUUAUGAGGCACCUAUAGUCACUGCUAAUAUAGGAAAGGUUGAGGAAGAACACCCUCUGUGAUGGGAAUUUCGUGUCAGAGAAAAUAUUCCAGGUGUGAAGCAGUGCUGGCUUGGAACAUUAAGUGGGUGGGAGUGACAGGACAUUGUCCAGUACCUAAUGUGUGUGCCUUAUUCAUUGCCAGUAUGGGAAGUCUAGCGAAAACCUCUGCAGGGGCCAGGAAGAUGUACUUCCAUCAUCACUUCCAAGAAGUGAGUUGAAAAAGAUACAACUGUUUAAAAAAAAUAAAUUACCUUUUCCCCAUAGUUUUUACAGAUAUUUCACAUGCUUUACCAGAGACCCUAGGAGCUCCAGGUUA